AGUCAUCUGAAUCCAACUGUGAACAUAUUUCAUGUCGGCUCUUAUAAUAUUAUCUUCCUCGUCAAGCUAGAAAACACACAAUGCCUUUAGCAUCACCACCGUCUGCUUAUACUUUUCUCCCCAUCAUUGACUCUGUCCACCACAACAUGGACUUCUCCGGUCACGGAAAGUCGCCCCGACGGGAGCUCCAAGGCCCCCGUCCGACGCCUUUAAAAGUGCGAAAAGACUCUCAUAAGAUCAGAAAACCUCCUCCUGUUCCACAACAGCAGCAUCAGCAGCCGCCUCCAGUACACCGCCCUCCGGUGAUCAUAUACACAGUUUCUCCGAAGAUUAUUCAUGCAAACCCUAAUGAGUUCAUGCAACUAGUUCAACGUCUCACAGGACCUAAUUCUUCCACUACUUCCUCGUCGUCUCCUGUGCAUUCUUCGUCUCAUUCAUUCUUUCCAGAUAGCGGUGCAAUUUCUCCAGCAGCUCGUUAUGCUUCCAUAGAGAAAAUAAAGUCCCCGGAAGGUAAAAGAAAUUUACAACAAAAUGGUCAUGUUCAACAAAUGGUUGAUGGCUCAGAUCUAACUGCUGAUAUUGAUAGAAUUACAGGGCUAUUUCCCGGCAUAUUAUCACCUGGUCCGAGUUCUCUUCCACCUAUACCCCCAAACUUUUUUUCUCCAUUAAUGUCGUCUGAUCCAAAUCCUCUAAGUUUCUUUCAUGACCUAAGCCCUGGGUUACAAACCAGCAGGAAUUUUAAUAUAGACGGCAGUUUCAUGCCCAGUAACUUCAUCCCUAGUCCUUCAAAUAAUUUAUUUUCUCCUAAUAUAAACUACUCUACUUCCCCCUCUGUAGAUCUUUUCAAUAAUUUCUUCGACUUCUAACCCCUAAUUAUAGCAAAAAUCUUAUGCUGAACUGUUAUACCAGAUAUACGGAGAAGUUUCAGAUAUACGCAGACCUGAUCACAAGAAACUGCUUCUAUUUAUCUGCAGCAGCGCUGAAACGGAAGAAGAUUGAAUUUAGGUUUUCCAGUAUAUUUAGUAAGCACAGAAAGUUGGUGAGGUUAUGAUUAUUGCUUCAUUUACUAAUUGGUAGUCUAUAUUUUGAUUAUACAGAAAUUUUUGAUGUAAUGUUCUUAUGUAAUGUAAAAUGAUACUAGUAAAAUAUAUGAUAGCUUGUUUUUUCUUGUUUGUUUCA